ACAUUUCCUCAAACAAGAAAAGAGUGAGAAGCUGUGAAGGUUCAUCUACAACAACAGCAGAUGCAAACUCUCCUUCUCUCUGUAUUUUUUCUCUCUUAGAAAUCACAUGAACGGAUCUGAGGAAUCUCAGAUCUCUCUCUACUAUUCUUCUACUACUCCAAUCUCUUCCAAAUCCAUCCUUCCUCUAGUGAUUCCGUAGAAGAUCUCCGCCCCCAGAUCAUGGAAUCCAUCUCUCAAGAUCCAAGCAACCUCAAUCUAACGCCAGAGGAAGAAGCCGUCAAGCGCAACACCGACUGCGUCUAUUUCCUCGCCUCGCCUUUGACCUGCAAGAAGGGAAAUGAGUGCGAAUAUCGCCACAGUGAAGCUGCUAGGAUGAACCCCAGGGACUGCUGGUACUGGUUAAAUGGUAACUGCUUGAAUCCGAAAUGUUCGUUCCGGCAUCCGCGACUUGAGGGCUUGUUGGGAACUCCGGGGGCAAUUGCCGGAUCAUCUCUUCCACCCUCGCAAACCACAACAUCUGCACAAAUACCAGCAGCACCUGCUUAUAAUUCAAAUAAGCAAACCGUCCCUUGCAUUUAUUUUCAGAAAGGGCUUUGUCUAAAGGGUGACAGGUGCCCUUUUAUGCAUGGAUCACAGCCUGUUGGUAAUUCAGCUCCACAGCAGAUGCCAAAUCUUGCUACUACUGUUGCUGAACCGCCCCAGGUUCUCAAAAAGGCUACCACCUCCCUUGAAAAGUCCACCUCUCAGCAGAAAAUUCCACGGGUAAAUAUCAUAAAGCCAAUUGAAGUGUUGCCAGCGGCAAGACCUGUUGCCCAAGCUGAAAUCAUGCUCAACAAUGGAAUAGCAGUUGCAAGAAAUAUGCCCCCUAUCCCAUUGUAUGAAGAGCUUCCUCGACCCAAACCCUGCAGUAUUCCAAUCAUCAGUGGAAAUGCUGUAAGUAGACCUCUUAGCCAUCAGAUUCAGCCGCUAGAUGAGCCUUUCCAGAAUGGUACAGAGGCUGGGGAGUUCUUGGGUGAGUCUUCUCCUGGUUUCGAUGUUCUUGUAGAUGACGAGCUCGUAGACUCUGACUACUAUCGCCCCGAGGAUGAAUAUGGAAGAACAGCGGGUACCACCAGAAGGCGUUUGACCUCUGCUGAACAGGAUUCUCUUGCUAAAUUUGACAGGGAACCAUAUAAUGAUUUUCGGGAUUAUGACAGGCAUGGACGGGUACAAGAUCGAUUCGGUUGGGAACAUAGCAGGGCCUCUCCUGAGAGGGUUUUCGAGAGACCAUCUAUGGAAAGAAGAGGUUUGCCAAGGGAAGAAAGCCCUGAUCGAAUUGACAGGUCGGAUCUGCGUCAUCGGCUAUCAAAGCAAAGAAGGGUUGAUGGGCGAUCGGCUGCUAGUCCCGAUCGUCAUGGCGGGUUCUAUCGAAGGGAUGACCGCCGUGUUGAGGAACAAAGAUACGGGGGUCGAUCCCGCAGAGACCAACAGCAUUUUCCACUUGAUGCCUCCAUAAGCAGCCGUCUACAAGGCAGAAUAAUACUUCCAGGAAGGUCUUCACCAGAUAAACCAAAUGAUUCACGUUCUGAUAAAGAAAUGGAAAGGGGUCGAAACCGGGGAAGAUCAUCACCAGGCAGGCCAAUAUCUUACCAGGGAAGACACCAUGACAGAACCCGACGGACCCUAGAGGACAUUGCUGCAGAGGCAAGAAACUUUAGGGGCCAUCCGAUCAGAAGAGAUGAGAAUGACACGUUAGAUUUCUCCGGUCCAAAAAGCCUUGCAGAACUUAAAGGCGCAAAAGCUUCUGAUAGCAGCAAAGACCGAUUGACCAAUAACACCGAUGUUACUGCAUUUAAGACCCAAGUUGUUGGGGAGCAAAAGAAAAUGAAGUCGGGGAAAAUGGGCCAUCAGGAAUCUGAUGGUUCUCUUUCGUUCGAGGGCCCAAAGCCUCUAAGUAUGAUUCUGAAGAGGAAGAGAGGAGCCGAGACAGGGAGUGGCAAGGUUUCUAGUGAUGGAGACAAUAGCAGUCAGAGUGACAGAGCAGACCCAGUAGGUAGCUUAGCAACAGCAGUUACAGAAGCAUCAGCUGCGCGUGCAGUAGAGUUUCAGAAAGAAGACCAUGCUCACAGCAGCUAUGAAGAACCAAGAGUUACAGCUGGCACAGUUGGGACAGUGGAAGGAGAAGACGGGGAUGAUGAAGGUCUGAUCAUUGCUGAAGGUGGAGAAUUGGUUCAUGAAGGUCAAUCUUCUGCUCAGAAGGAAGAAAUGUUGGAGAUGGACGACGGUAUGAUGAUCGAAACGGUGGAAGAAGAUCAAGAGCCUGAGACUUCUGACCAAAGAGAUGAGGAGUUUGAUUAUGAGGCGAACGAGGGUGGGGAUGAAAAUCCGGACCUGGAAGAUGAAUACUUGGACGACGACGAUGGUGAUGACUUCUCAAGGAGGAUUGGGGCCAUGUUGUCUUAAGAGAAAAUACUAUCAAGGUUGGUUUUUUGUUGUCACCAUGCAGGACCGUCCCAUCCAAUGUAGUCCGGGCAGUAAGGAAGCCUUUUUCCCGCAUGAAUGAGCUAAUUGGAAGCUAAAACUAUGGGUGGUGGCAGAUGGGGUCCAGGCAGGUUUGGUGGGCCUUUGUGUUUGUAUUUUGUUUGCAGGAGAUUUUUAUUUUUUUACCCCCCUGAACUGGGUUCCUUUGGAAUCUUGGAUUUGUAUUACACGGUGAAACGGAUUCAUAGAUAAAUUUAUUUGGUUAUCUAUGCGUCUCUAUGGAUAAGUUUAUGAAUUUCCUUCUGCA